UUCCUCUUCAGUCAUUGAUUCACUUUUUACAUUUUACAUUUUUACAGUAAUGAGAGAGAUAAGUUAAGUUAGUGUGACGAUAAUAUAAGAAGACGUGGCGGGGUGGUAUUAAAUGUGUGAUUUUAAGUUUUAAUAAUUAAUAAUAAAUAAAUAAUAAUGGGAUCUUUAUUGUAUAACAAUAUAACCGAAUAAAUUAUUAUCGUACAAUAGGUGAAGAGGUAUUGGUAAAAUACAUAAGCGACAACGAAGACAACUACGACGACGACGACGACGACGAGCAAGCACCGGUGGGAUUUGAGUGGGAGUGUAAGGGAGAAAUGACGGAUAGUCAGCAGCAGUUUUGCUUAAGGUGGAACAACUUUCAGGCAAAUAUAACAAGUCAAUUUGAAGCAUUACGCGAUGAUGAGGACUUUGUGGAUGUUACGUUUGCCUGCGAUGGUAGAAGACUCCAGGCUCACAAGGUCGUUCUUUCGGCUUGCAGUCCGUACUUCAAGGAGUUGUUCAAGACGAAUCCUUGCAAACAUCCGAUAAUUUUUAUGAGAGAUGUAGAAUUCGAACACCUACAAUCCUUGUUAGAAUUUAUGUACGCUGGUGAGGUGAAUAUUUCUCAAGCAGAAUUACCGACUUUUCUACGAACUGCUGAGUCGCUUCAAAUUCGCGGGCUUACAGACUCGCAAAAUCAACAUAACAACGAAAAGCACUCUAAAACAAAUAAUAUUCAUCCUCCCAAUGGUCGAGGCUUGAUUUCACCGAGCUUCGAUGAGGAGCGCAGCAGAACUCCACCAGCAUCGAGUCCACCACCUCUCAAAAGGCUGUGCAAAAAAAGUGAUUCACCGAAAAACUCUAGUCCAUUACCCGCUGUUGCGCCUUGUGCAACCAGUACUCCUCGUACUCGCCCUGUAAUUGAGCCCCAAGUUCAGCUCGAUUGUUACAAAGAUCUCGAUAUUGUUGAGCCUAAGGUUGAACUACCGGAGUAUGGUAGUGAUGAAGAUUAUUCACCAAAGCAAGAAGUCAAUGCGGUACCCGGAGGAUUCAUCAGCUUGGACGGAGGUAUGGAGGUUUUACCAGCUUACCCGCCGUCUUACCAAGGAAGUGGAUUAGAAGGAGGGAUACCAGGCCCGUCACAUGGGAAUGCUGAACCAAAUCAAGAACAAGCUGACCUGCGUAAACUGCACUCGCUGGACCCACGCCCUUGCCUUGUGUGCAACCGCAUGUACAGUAACUUGUCCAACCUGCGGCAGCACAUGCGCCUCAUCCACAACCCUCAGAGUGUCACAUGCCCCAUAUGUAGCAAGUCCUUCAAGACCAAGCUGUAUCUGAAGCGUCAUCUGGUCAGCUUCCACGACAUCAAUCCCAUCGAUCGCCGGCUACAAGAGGAAAUUUACCAGCAUCAGGUUAAAAUUCCUAAACAGGAACAAUCUGUAUCAGUAUCACAGCCUCAUCAGCAACAACAACAGCCUCAACCACAGUCUCAGCAACAAUUACAGUCACAGCCACCAUCACAAUCUCACCUACAAAUUCAAAAUGGUAUCGAGAUAUCGAUGUCCUCGCAAAGUACUCAACAGCAACAGCAACAGCAGCAUCAAAACCAAGCAGAGUGCAAUCAAAUCCCGCCUGCGGCGUCGUUACAACAGCAUCUUGGUAGUCCUGAAGAAGUUGUCACUGAUGAUGAUGCUGGUGAUGAAAAGCUUCGAGCUUUUCAUGCUCACGUUGGAGAUACCGCGUAUCCUGUAGAGGUGGCUCAAAUCGGUGAUUCUAAAAGUUUCGCUGGUGGUAUGCUUCAAUAUAAUGCGUCGUACUAAUUGUUUACACUAUCUUGAUCAUUAUUAUUUAUUAUUAUUUUAUUUUAACCCUUAGUGGUCACACUUCUUAAAAAUAACGUAGUGGUUAUACUGGGUCUACACGGAAAAAAAAAAAAAAAGAAUAAUUACAGUAUAAAAUCGAUGGUUUUCUGACGCAACCUCGUAUUUCAAAAAUGACAAUUUUAAAGAUAAGGUGAAAAAUAGCUU